AUGCAAAUGCGUGUGUUCUGUUUGCCCGUCUCCAUGGCUGAGGCUGGGGGCCGGGGACCCCGGGGCCGCGCGCGGGGGGACGCGGGCGCCGACGAAGCGGUGCAGCGCCACGACUCCUCCUACGGUACCUUCGCCGGGGAGUUCUACGACCUGCGCUACCUGUCAGAGGAGGGUUACCCUUUUCCUACUGCUCCUCCUGUGGAUCCGUUUGCCAAAAUCAAAGUGGAGGACUGUGGAAAAACUAAGGGAUGCUUUAGGUAUGGGAAACCAGGCUGUAGUGCAGAGACCUGCGACUACUUCCUUAGCUACCGGAUGAUAGGCGCCGAUGUGGAAUUUGAACUGAGCGCAGACACUGAUGGUUGGGUAGCAGUUGGAUUUUCUUCAGACAAGAAAAUGGGUGGUGAUGACGUCAUGGCCUGUGUCCACGAUGACAAUGGCAGGGUCCGCAUCCAGCACUUCUAUAAUGUGGGCCAGUGGGCAAAGGAGAUCCAGAGAAAUCCUGCCAGAGACGAAGAAGGAGUUUUUGAGAACAAUCGGGUCACCUGCAGAUUUAAACGUCCUGUAAAUGUUCCCAGAGAUGAAACAAUUGUCGAUCUGCAUUUGAGUUGGUAUUACCUGUUUGCAUGGGGUCCAGCCAUUCAGGGCUCGAUCACCCGGCAUGAUAUAGACUCACCGCCCACUUCAGAGCGUGUUGUGAGUAUUUACAAGUAUGAAGACAUUUUCAUGCCAUCUGCUGCCUAUCAGACCUUCUCCUCUCCGUUUUGUUUGCUUCUCAUUGUUGCCCUGACAUUCUACUUACUGAUGGGAACCCCUUAACUACAGCCAUGAAGCCAACCCAUCAUGGACGAAAGUCUUUGGUAUAUAUAUAUUUUUAAAGAAUAUGCAGUAUAACUUCAACUUAUUAAAAAAAAAAGACUCAGACAUUUUCAUUUUUUUUGGAUGAAAGAGCAGGCUUCCUUUCUCAUCAAAGAAGAUAUUUAAUAAUGAUGCCAUACUUUUGGAAUAUGCUUUAAACUUUUCUAAGCACUUUCAAGUGUGUUUUAUUAUUUGAACUCACAUCUCUGAGUUAGCAUCUUCAUAGGAUUUGAGACCCAGGAGAACUGUCUUAUUAUGACCACAUGCUAAUUAGCUUUGGCUACACCAUGGGAUAACACAAAAGGCAAAGAAAGAGCAAGGCAUAGACAUCAAAGCUCUAAACAACCUCCACUCUUCCAGCUACACCACUGAGAGUUAUUUGGUAAAUUACUGAGAAUGUCACUGAAUAACCCUCAGUGCACAAUCUUUUAGGCAGAAGAACUUCCAAAUUUCUAUGAACCAUAAAGGCUUUUGGCUUUUUGCACAAUGAUAGGAAGAAUGGGAGAAGUUACAAUGGUAUGGAAAUAGUUCAUAUUUAUUUGAAAUGAGAAAACAUUUUUUA